GCACUGCCCCAACCAAGAACAAUUUGAAAACCCACCCCAUAAUACUUAAAAUCUGGGACAAAGAACCGUCAGGACGUAACUGCUUCGAUUGCAAAACCUCAGCUCAGCCCGGGGAGGGUCUGGGCGGCCUGAACCCAGCGAAGCCCCUUUAAAAACGAGGAGUACAGUAUUGGGAUUCUUGAAACCUGAAACCUAGAAACAGAAUCGAAGCGGAAACUAGAGGGAAAACCUUGAACUGCUCCAGACAAUUGCUUCCGGGGAGCUUCGAGGGAGCGAGGGGGAGUAAGGGCCCGGCUGCAGGGCCCCUCGGAUGGCGCGUCCCUGAGGGUCGCGGCGAGUUCGCGGAGCGUGGGAAGCGGAGCCCCGGCUGUCCCUGGGCUGCAGGUCAUGGCCACCGUGGAGCAGAGAACCCUCGGCGUUGCCUUCAAGUGGCUGUCUUUGGCAACUCUUGUAUUCAUCUGCGCCGGGCAAGGGGGACGCAGGGAGGAUGGGGGUCCAGCCUGCUACGGGGGAUUUGACCUGUACUUCAUUUUGGACAAAUCUGGAAGUGUGCUCCAUCACUGGAAUGAGAUCUAUUUCUUUGUGGAACAGCUGGCUCAUAAAUUCAUCAGCCCACAACUAAGAAUGUCCUUUAUUGUCUUCUCUACUAGAGGAACAACCUUAAUGAAACUAACAGAAGACAGGGAACAGAUUCGUCAAGGCCUAGAAGAACUCCAAAAAGUUCUACCAGGAGGAGACACUUACAUGCAUGAAGGAUUUGAAAGGGCCAGUGAACAGAUUUAUUAUGAAAACAGUCAAGGAUACCGGACAGCAAGUGUCAUCAUUGCUUUGACUGAUGGGGAACUCCAUGAAGAUCUCUUUUUCUAUUCAGAGAGGGAGGCCAACAGAUCCCGAGAUCUCGGUGCAAUCGUUUACUGUGUUGGUGUGAAAGACUUCAAUGAAACACAGCUGGCCCGGAUUGCAGACAGUAAGGAUCAUGUGUUCCCUGUGAACGACGGCUUCCAGGCUCUGCAAGGCAUCAUCCACUCUAUUUUGAAGAAGUCCUGCAUUGAAAUUCUAGCAGCUGAGCCAUCCACCAUAUGUGCAGGAGAGUCAUUUCAAGUUGUCGUGAGAGGAAAUGGCUUCCGACAUGCCCGCAAUGUGGACAGGGUCCUCUGCAGCUUCAAGAUCAAUGACUCAGUCACACUCAAUGAGAAGCCCUUUGCUGUGGAAGAUACUUAUUUAUUGUGUCCAGCACCUAUCUUACAAGAAGUUGGCAUGAAAGCAGCACUCCAGGUCAGCAUGAAUGAUGGCCUCUCUUUCAUCUCCAGUUCUGUCAUCGUCACCACCACACACUGUUCAGAUGGCUCCAUCCUGGCAAUCGCCCUGCUGAUCCUGUUCCUCCUCCUGGCCCUGGCACUACUCUGGUGGUUCUGGCCCCUCUGCUGCACCGUGAUUAUCAAGGAAGUCCCUCCACCCCCUGUUGAGGAGAGUGAGGAAGAAGACGAUGAUGGUCUGCCUAAGAAAAAGUGGCCCACGGUAGAUGCCUCUUAUUAUGGUGGACGAGGCGUUGGAGGCAUUAAAAGGAUGGAGGUUCGUUGGGGAGAAAAAGGCUCCACAGAAGAAGGUGCUAAGCUGGAAAAGGCCAAAAAUGCAAGGGUAAAAAUGCCUGAGCAGGAGUACGAAUUCCCUGAGCCUCGAAAUCUCAACAACAAUAUUCGACGGCCCUCUUCCCCCCGGAAGUGGUACUCUCCGAUCAAGGGAAAACUUGAUGCCUUGUGGGUCCUACUAAGGAAAGGAUAUGAUCGUGUGUCUGUGAUGCGGCCGCAGCCAGGAGACACGGGGCGCUGUAUCAACUUCACCAGAGUCAAGAACACCCAGCCGGCCAAGUACCCGCUCAACAACGCCUACCACACCACAUCGACACCCCCCGCCCCUAUCUACACCCCCCCACCCCCUGCUCCCCACUGCCCUCCCCCGCCCCCCACUGCCCCUACCCCGCCUUUCCCAUCCCCCCUUUCCACCCUUCCUCCUCCUCCCCAGGCUCCACCUCCCAACAGGGCACCGCCCCCCUCCCGACCUCCUCCCAGGCCUUCUGUCUAGAGCCCAAAGUUUGUGCUCUGGGCUAUCUCAGAAACUUUGAGGAGGAGGCUCCUCUGUGCUGUUAGAACAAGUCUUUCCAUCUAGAGGGGAUGAGUGGUGAUUAAGCCCGCUGACAUUCACAUACUUUAAAAAUUGGUUGGAAACACCAAUAUACUGACACUGUGAUCAGCGGGAAAAAACAGAAAUUCUUUAAUUGCCUGAAAACAAAUAAUGAGGCAACUACAGUCACAUUUAUAGCCAGCCAGCCAUCACCUCUAAACAGUUUCCAGAGAUGAUGAAAUUGCCAAGAUGUUCUCAACAGGAUUAUGUCUCAUGGAGACCAGUAAGAAAAUCAUUUCUCUGAGAAUGAAACGCAGAGUCGGGUAAGAAGUGACAUUGUUCAGUUUCUAAAUGCUGCCUUCCCUCCUCCACUCCACUUCCAUGACUUGACCCUGGACCCUUGGCCCAGAAACCGAAGAAUCCUCCCCACUAUGUACCCCUCAGGAAGGGAGAAACCUUCGUCUACAACUUGGGAAGAGCUUGGAAACCCAGGAUGUCAAGAAACUCGAAUCAGACAAGUAUUCAAAAGGAUGUUCUUCUGGGAUUUGCAGGUGUAUAAAAGUAUGCCUCAUUUUCCUUUCAAAUUCUUCCAGUUUCCAAGUGAGGAAGGGAGUGGGUGUUUACUGAUGGGUAAGGUAUGUUGCCAAGUUGAUGUGUAAGUGAAACAAUUGUGUGCAUUGACAGGGAAGUAUUGAUGGGAGUAUCAGACAGUUUCUAAAAUCCACCAGCCAUCAGCAGCUAGAGGAGGUGGCUUUGGCCAGACACAGUCCCCUAAAUCAACAGACAGUGGCAUUGUCAAAGAGCAAUGGUAUUAAUGAUUCAUGUUAAAAAUCAAGAUUUGGCUUUGGCGUAAAUCACUUGAGACAUGGAAAAGUGACUGAUCAUGUUUUCCAGAGACAAAUAUGAAUUGAUCUUCCCAAAAUAGCUUUAUUAACACCUACCACAUGAUAUCACUGAUUUUUUUUCUUUCUUUCUUGGUAAAGGUGUACACCAGAGAUGUCUAGAUAGAACUAAGAGAUGGUGGUCCUGACAUAAUGAGAAAAAUAUCUCCAAGUGUUUUUAUUUGAUUAAUUUCAAAAAAGGCAUGUGUGUAUAGAUGCAAAUAUACUUCUCCUAGGUUUUUCAAUAUACUUACAAAUAAUAUCAGCUGCUAAGCAAGGGGAAGUACAUCAGAUAUGAAACAUAGAAACACUCUGCCUGAAAUCCUCACCAUGCUGGAGACUUACCCCAUUCCUGUAAAUCUUUCUGAGUCUAUUUAAUCAGAAAUCCCAGGAAUAACUUGCUAAACCAUUGGGAUUUAUCACCCAUGGGUAUAAACAGAGGUCAUUGUCAAAGGCUUCCUAUACCAGCCUACUCAAAAUGAUCACCUUCAGUUUUCCACAGGCCCCAAACUUCCUAUCAUAAAUCCUUCAAAUUCUUAAAUCUUUUCUGAAACAAAGCAGAAUAUGAAAUAUAUAAUAGCUUAGUACUUUGGACUCUGGUCUCCAAAGAUCCCACAAGAGUCAACCAAGCUAGCAUUAUUCUCUUAUCUUCCUUAGAACAGAAAUAUUAGGGUAUGUGGCAUGUAUUCCAUUAACACAAAUUCCUAUGCCCAUGCAGAUAUUGCUAAUCAGUUCCAGCAUAAUUCCCCAAUCACUCAAUGAUUUCUUCAAUAAUCCUCUCAAAUCAUGAGUCUAAAGGCCUGCUACUCAUCAGUAAGAAUUGAGAGAGAUGACGCCCAGAAGGCUAAAAUACAUAAGAAUUGUGUAGGGGGAUGGAGAAGUCCACCAGCAUGAAAAGUACAGUCAGAGGAGACUAAACCUAGGAGAGUGCCCUAGUGGAGGACCACAGGCAUUGGUCUGCAAGGCCAACACCAGAAUGACACUUCUCCAAGUGUACCUCAGGCCCUCCCUUUCUCACAUGGCUGCCAUUGCCUGAGAACCUCUCAGAUUUCUCAGAGCUAAAAAUCAGAGAUAAUUUUCAGAAUUUAUGAAAGCAGCCUCCCUCCCCCUCAUCCAACUCUGCUGCAUUGUCUAUUUUUUAGAAUACUUAGGCUAAUUCUUUAGUAUAGUCCCUCAUGAAGCAGGUACCGGCAUGUCUCAGCCACCUGCAGUGACAUUGCUGGGCCCCAGAAAACCAUUCCUUAGAAUGGAUUCCCGGGCUCAUACCAUGGAGACAUUGAGCCCAUGACAACUGUUUUGACUGCUGGCAGUACAAAACAGUCCACUCACACCAUUGCCACGUAACUUGUGCAACUACCAGAAAGUUGAAGCCAUGAUGCUGAUAUUGCUGUGCAUCAAGAUGGCAGCAUCCUAUGAAAAGGCACAUUCAAGAUUUCAACAGCACAUCACUCAGAAGCCCUGUGCAGUUUCCAUGAGGUUGUGUGGCAGCGUGUUCCAAGGAAAUAGAGAACUGCAAAUAUAUGAUGAUUUUGAAAAGAAUUAGCAGGGUUUGUCUUUAAAACCAACCCACCACAUCAUCUAUAGUCAUUCAGGAUUACAGUUAAGGAGAAAUCUCUACACACUGUAUGAACAAGGUAAUACAGUGCAUUUUCACACUAGGCUAUUACAGGCAGGAGAAUUCUUUAACUGGUUUACAAAAAUCCAUCCAUUCUGUGUCAUUCCCUGUAAAAGAGAGAAGACAUAUUAUUGUGAUCAGGAAACUGCACAAAAUUAUUUUUUUCAACCCUUGUGUUAUUGUCCUUAUGAAGUCUCUCUUUUUUUUAUAAACGCCAAAUUUUGGUUGUAUAUAUUCAUAUUCCAUGUGUUAGAUGGAAGCAUUUCCUAUCCAGUGUGAAUAAAAAGAACAGUUGUAGUAAAUUAUUAUAAAGCCAGUGAUAUUUCAUGGCAGUUAUUCUACCAAGCUGUGCUUGUUGGUUUUUCCCAUGGCUGUAUUGCCUUUAUAAAUGUACAAAUAGUUACAAAAAUGACGAGACCCUUGAUGCACAGCAUUUAUAAGAACCUUGCUAGGAACUGUGGUCCCCUCUGUUGACAACCAGCUCACAGUUUCUUGCCAGGAGCAUGGUAUACACUUCAUUGAGACAUGAGGUCUCUCUUUUAUCAAGGUAUAAAACAGAGCUGGUGUACAAAUUAAUUGAUAGUCUUGAAUAUCUGGCCAUAGGUAAUCUCACUAUAAAUUUCAUUAGAAUGAGCAGAGAUAAUAUUGAAAUAUUAUAUGUAAACUAAAUUGCAAACAUGGCAUCAGAUGGGGGAAAUCAAUCCAGAAACUAGAAAACAAUCAUAAUUUUAAGAAAAUAAGCAACAGUUUCAGCCCAAUGCCAACUCAAUAAAAAAAAGUAAUGUUGUGUAAAAUGGGUUGAAUUAGUUUGCAAACUAUAUAAAGAUAUAUGCAGUAAAAAGCCUGAUAAUGCACACCAGGUGGGAAUGGAACCUUUUCUAGUUAUCUGAGCUCAGCUAUAUUAUCAUACUUGGAUAACCAAUUUAAAAGAAUUAGAAUAUGAUUUUUGAAUGCACUUAACAUUAAACUCUUCUUCUAACUCUUUCUUUUUCUGUUAUAAUUCAGUUAUGGAUCUUCAAUGCCUCUGAGUCAUUGUUAUAAAAAAUCAGUUAUCACUGUACCAUGUUAUGGGAGACUGGGCUGAACCUGUACAAUGACAAACCCUGGAAGUUGCUUUUUAAAAAAAUAAUAAUAAAUUUCUAAAAUCAACUCUU